GGCUCUCCCCGAUGUGGUCCCGCUCGGGAUGGCGAGCAGAAGCCUUGGAGUCGUAGUCUUGUUUCUUUGGCUUCAGAGACCUGGUAGUGCCAAUGAAAAUGAAGUUAUUGGCAUACUAGGAAGUAGUGUUGAACUGGAAUGUCGUUAUGCUGACGAAAAGUCAUUAGAUAAACUUCGAGUACUAUGGCAAGCAAAUAGUAAGUCUUGCCUUGUCAAUGCCCAUUUUCCUAAUAAGCGUGAGAAGGCACCGAAAUACUGUGAAGAAUUCAGAAGCAGGACUCUGUUUAAUAACGAAACCUUUUCUCUGGAAAUAUGGAAUGUCACUCCUGGAGAUGAGGGCACUUAUGAAUGUGUUGUGCAGAGAAAUAAAACAAUGGAGUUUGAAUUGGAUCAUAAGGCAAGCACAGCCCUCAAAGUGGCAGCAAACUACAGCAAACCAACCAUAACAAGGCUUGGGAAUGAAAUGACAUUUACUUGCAAUUCUAGCCAUGGAUUUCCAGAACCGAAACUUCAUUGGACAAUUCCGAUGGACAACAGCCUCUACAAUAUCACUGAACAGCCUGCUACUUCAGAGCCAGAUGGGACUUUCAGUAUUUCCAGUACAAUUAAAAUUAAAUCAGCUUCUAAUAUAAAGUUAGAAUGCACCAUUGAAAAUGUGCGACUGCUCCAAAGUAUCACUACUAUCUUUGAAACAAACAGCUCUGGAGGCUCUGUAAAUAACUCUGCACUCAGUGCCAGCCCAGCUCACAGACCUGCCAUUCUGAGCACUCUUGCGCUCCUUCUGAUUCUUCCAGUCAUUCUGUACAUCUGCUGGGAAAAAAGGCUUUGUCCUGGAAGAACAUAUGCUGCAGGUGUUUGUGUGGAAGAAGCAGUAUGCACCAAUGCUGAUGUUGAGACAGAAAAUUCCCUGAUCUCUGGAACUGAACAUCGGUAAACAUUGCAACACUACAGUGAAGCAUUCCCUCAGCUACGGGCUUUUGUGCGUCUGACUGGCUGUGAACCCUGCACUGAAACGGAACACAUGUAUUUGGUCUUAUGUACUGCCAGAAGCCAUUCUGCUCUUUGGAGGACUCCAUUCUUCCUGGUGCAUGACUUCAGGAUGCAUCCAAAAGGGUACACUGUCCAUGAAUACAGCUUAGAAGAGCCAGGACCAAUACUGUGUGAAAGCUACUGCCCACAUUUGAGCUAUUUGAGGGCUCCUUCCUUUGCUACAAACGGAUAUGAAUGUCUGAUGGACAACAGGAUCAUAGCUAAAUAAACAUUGAAAGAAUGAUGCAGAGUUUCCAAGUUCAUCGGCAAUGUAACAUAACAUCUGUUGCUGGAACCAGCAGUGCUGGGAAGCUUUUACUUUCAGGCCAGCUUUCUGGACUUCCAGAAGGCACUUGGUUAGUCGGCCCCUGGGUGAAGUCUAGUGCUGUCUAGCUGGAUCUUGUGCUCUGAUCCGACAGCAUGAUUUUCCUGUUCUGAAGUUGAGUGGUGGAAAGGGACUCUGCUUCUGAGCCCAGCAUUCCAGGGGUGGCCUGGGGCAUGGCAGACUUAAGGACCAAAAGGUCACCCACCAUGACGCUUAAUGUUUAUAGAGGGAAGGCUAAAAUAUUGCCCUAUUCCCUCAGGCACCACUUCUGAGAAAAUGGACAGGACUGAUCAUCAGUUGAAAAUAUGGUAUCCUGUACCAGCCAUUUCUGGAUUUAACGUAUUUUGGGUCAUAACACAUCCAGGACUCUCAUAGCUUCAACAACUUCACCACAACCUGAAACUCAACAUAUGCACCUUUAACAAUAUGACUGUCAACUCUCAAUAUUUACACAACUGGUUUAAGGCAAAGCAGCCUGUCAGGAAAUAAAAUGUAUUUGGUGAUAAGCUAC